AUGGUAUGUCGGCGCAUAAUUGCAUUAUGUCUUAUACAAAGAGUUCGUUUCGGCCUAGUGAUUAACCCAAUUCCAGCUAUAUCGACUCUUCUACAACCCCCGAUAGUUCGAACCGGCCUCGUCCCCCACACAUCUGCUCCGGCUUCGAGCGCCCAUAAACCCCCUUCUUCCCGCGAUAUCCCGCCCGUUACUCUGACCAACAUUACUCACGUCGAUCCGGCCGAAUUCAAACCAUACCUAUCACAAGUCGGGGCCUUGUACGAACAGCUUCGACGAGUCAAGGAAAACGAAGAUGACGUUUCUACCAUCCGUCGAGGUAACAAGGCCGACGAUUACUUUGAGCACCCCGAUGAAGCCCAUCUAAGACCGGGGGCUCGCCCGCCUUUCCUCACGCGCAGGUCGUCCAUCACGUCACUAUCGUCUAUAUCCUCUCUCGACGCCGCAAGCAUUCGGAAAUCAUCAUCGAGUACAAGCCGGCGGGGGCCACAGGGACCUCCCCCCCUCUCCACUAUCCCCAACGUGUACUUUGACGCGGAUUUUCAUUUGGAAAACCCGAGGACGUUCGACGUCGUAAGCGAGCGCUCUGAAGUCGUUCGGCCUCCACCAGGCAGCACCGAUGACAAGGGGGAAAAGAGUGCGCCGAAUGGCAGUGCGGCGGCUCCCAGGAAGGCCUUAGCGACCAACGCAAUACUGCAAGAGAAGCUAUCCUGGUACAUGGACACGAUCGAAAUGCACUUGAUCAACUCCAUCUCCACAGCCUCAACAACGUUCUUCACGGCCCUGGGUUCCUUGAGGGAGCUGCACUCCGAAGCAAGUGAUUCGGUGGAGAGGAUCAAGACGUUGCGGAAAGAGUUAGCAGCUCUCGACCGAGAAAUUGCACAGACUGGCUUGGAUAUGAUCCAAAAGCGUCGACGCCGCGAGAAUAUCCAGCAGCUGAAUGAUGCCGUGCUCCAGCUACGACAUAUCGUCGAGGCGGUGAAGAAAUGCGAGAGCCUAGUCGAUUCGGGACAGGUCGAAGAAGCGCUUAACGGCAUUGACUCCUUGGAGCUACUUAUUGCGGGUGAGCUCCGGGAGGAUGACCCUGCGGCUGUCACAACGCCGGCUCUUCGGGCUAUAUGCCUGCGAGAUUUGAGAGGGGCCACAGCACUGCAAGGCGUGAACGACGACCUGAACUCUCUUCGGUUCCGCCUUGGCAAAGCGUACGAGUCGAAGUUUGUGAAUGCACUACUGGAUGACCUUCGCCGGCAUCUCGAAGCUGUCAAGCAGCAAGAAGUGCUCCUGCGGUGGAGUAGUUCCUCCAUGCGAGCUAGGGGUGGACAUUCGAGGGAGCCCUCGGUAUUUCCCAGCUACCUGGCCUCGACCGACGAGCUCAAGAAAACCAUACGUCCCUACCUGGUCGGACUGCACCGCGCGCAGCACAUAGCGACAGCCACCAGCGCAUAUCGCGAGGCCGUCCUGCGCGAGGUCCGGAACAUCAUUCGGCGACCAUUACCGAGCUCCGCCGAUGAUGACAACGAGUCCAUGAUGUCCGUCUCGACGACGAGUGGCGGGCGGAACUUGUCGAGCAAGGAGAAAUCUUCUAUCCUCGCACGAAACCUACGGGCUCUGGAUCCGAAGGACGCGGAAGAUCUGCUCCAAUCCGCGUACAUCGGCGUCACGGAGACGCUGCGUCGGCUCACGACCCAGGUUAAGGUUCUUUUGGACGUUGCGAGCUCCUUGUCGGCGGACCCCCUCGGCGACAGCGGUACAAAGUCGCCGCCCAUUCGAUCGCCGUUGUCAAGCCCCAAGCCGGAACGACAACAAGACGGAUCCAUCUUUGAGAUACAAGAGGAGAUUCACAAGGCCAUGGACGUCGCGAAUCUGCUUGGCCAGGCUGUCGACAUUGCACAGGACAAGAUCGUCAAGGUCCUCAAGGUCCGGGCCGACCAGAGCACGCACUUGCCUCUUGUAUGGUUUUUGCGAUACUUUACGCUGAAUCUGUACUUUGCAAACGAAUGCGAAGCCAUCUCGGGUCGCAGCGGCACGUCUCUCAAAACGCUGGUCAACGGGCACAUCAAGGAGUUUGUACAGUACCAUGGAGAUGCGGAGAAGCAGAACCUCGCUCAGAACAUGGAAACGGAUCAAUGGGGCGCCAAAGACUUCACGGAAAAGGAUGCGGCCCUCUUGAAUGAGGUGGUGGAGAGCAGCACGCGAGAUGCCCCAUCCUGGUCCGAGGGAAGCAACAUUUGGAUCGAGUACUCGCCAGAGGAUGAGGAGACGGCAGACGCGGCUGCUCAGGCGAAACCCGAAACGAAUGGAACGAGCAGGGAGAAGACGAGGACGGCCGUGGUGGAAGGCGAGAGCUUCAUCUUGCCCAACUCGGCCAUUCUCUGCCUGGAAGGCAUCACGCAUUUCCUGCACCUCAUCAAGGGGAUCCCCUCCAUGACCACCGACGUGGCGACGUCUCUCAUUGCAUACCUUCAUCUUUUCAAUUCACGGUGCACACAACUCAUCCUCGGUGCCGGCGCAACGCGGUCGGCUGGUCUGAAGAACAUCACCACGCGGCACUUGGCCCUCGCGGCGCAGGCACUGGCCCUCAUCGUCACGUUGAUCCCGCAUAUACGGGAGUUCGUCCGGAGGCACGCAGGAUCCGGGGCCGGCGUAUCCAACUUGAUGGGCGAGUUCGACAAGGUGCGUAGGCUGUUCCAGGAACACCAGAACAGCAUUUUCGACAAGCUUGUCGACAUCAUGGGCGGUCGCGUGGCGUACCAUUCCAAGGCGAUCAAGGCCAUCGAUUGGGACGGCGACGGCGCCCAGUCGGUCCACCCGUACAUGGAAGCGUUGGUCAAGGAAACGGCGACGCUGCACAGGGUGCUCAGCAAGCAUGUUCCCGAGAGCUCGGUCCAGAUGGUCAUGGUCCCCGUGUUCGCAAGCUACAAGGAACAGUUGGGCAAGGUCUUCGACGCGGCCGACCCCAAGACGGAAGCGGGCCGGCAAAGCAUGCGCCGCGACGUCGAAUUCUUCACGACCAAACUCGCCGACCUACAGGGCUUUGGGACGACGGGCGAGCACCUCAUGAGUAUCGUCGACGGGAAGACGGUUGAGGCUCCCGCGCAGCCGUCACCGUCUACCCCACCCGCUACUGACGCAUCACAGCCCGUCGAAGGAGAGGAGGAUACAGCCAACAAAGGCGAACCUGAAAAGAGCGAUGCCAAGGACUCGGGGCAAGAGGGCAAGUCUUCGCCGCCACCCGAUGAGACUACCAACGACAAGUAG